UCCAGCUAAGAAGAAGAAAUUUGGUAAUUGUCAAAAAAUAUUUGUUUGUGCUGCGUACGUUUGUAUCUAAUUUUGUUUAUUUCAAUAAGAAGAUAAUGUUUAUAGAGCGAUGGAUAAAUAAUGCGCCACCCAGCCGAAUUUAAAUGAGGAGGAAAAGAGCUGGAGUUGAAGAAGUAGUUCAAGUUUUCAAGUUUUGUAUGCCACAACGGGAGACUGAUAUAUUUCGUUUCCGCGUACAGCAAAGCGAAAUAAUCGCAGGGAGUCGUUAUAAAGGUCUGAGACAACGAAGAAAGAAAGGAGAAAGAAAGGUCGGCUACAAAGUAAUACCCAAAAUGCUCCAAUCGUAUUAGCAUAAUUAAGUCGCCUGCCCAAUGGCUGACCAUUGAGAGAUAUAUCGAGAAAUACACGCACUUUUGUGCGGCGAUCAUCAACGCGAUCAAAUGCAAAUGAGGCGACAUCAGUCAAGCGGCCGAAAGCGAAAUGUGCAUCAUCAACACGAAAACUUUGGGCUAACAAUUGCAUAAUAGAGCUAACCAAACACGACCUCAUUUACCAAAUCGCAAAACCCUGAUCGGCCGACGAAUACACGAAGAAGAUAGACCAAAAGAUUUGCAUUAAGUAUACGCAACGUGGACCUCAAUAAUGGAUCUAAUGGAGCUGCUGCAUCAGCUUUUUCUGCACAUAUUCGACAUCUUUAAGAUCUACGUUAAGUUCGCCCUAAUAACACUGGUUAUCUACUUUUUGGCCGAGUGGUAUAUCCUUCGAUAUGGGGCAGAAUUGGAGGCAGAAUUGGACGCCCACCUGGUAGAAUGUGCCGAAUUGAGAGAGGAAUCCCCGGAGCGACCCGAAUCGAAUAGCACUCUGAGCAAGGUGUUUCGAUUCGUUGUGAACUUUUUCAUCCUAUAAUCGACUCGAUUGAACCCACUUGUCAAGGUCAAUCGCACAGCUGAAUCGGUUUUGCUUUUUCGCGGAAUUGCAAUUCGAUUCAGCCAGCCACAGCUCAAGGCUCCCGUCAAGAGAAUGUAAAAUCGAACCAGUUGCAUUUAACAACAGAAAAAUACAAUACAACAGAAAAAUACAAAAAAAAGAAAUAAAAACAGUCAAAGCAAAAGCUGCAAAAUAAACACAAUCUUUAUAUGUAAUGAACAAUAACAAUAAGGAGCUGUAAAAAAAACAAGUUGAACUGCUUUUUUUUUUUGAGGUAUCAUAAAGUAUCAAUAUCGAAAAUUA